AUGAAUGGCACUGGCGGAAAAGUUUCGUUCGACCAUCCUCCACCCGGCUUGUCAGUGGAGGCGUCUCUUACUGUCACGCAUGCUGAUCGAAAUGUAAACACAAAUGCUUUAACCGUGGCACAGUACUUAAUCGAGGAGAAGUUUUAUCUGACCGCUCUGGAGUUUCACUUCGAACAGUUGGAUCGGGGCACUUGUCUUCCACAGCUUAACGGUUUUUUCUCAAAUGCGUCCUUCUUCGAAAAUAUGUGCGGAUUAAAAUGCGAAGGUCCGCCUACCGUUGCUCGUUGUUCGAGUGUUUCCACCCUCGACUCCAUGGAUAUAGGCCGCAUCUCGGAUGAUGGGAAUAGCGUAGAGGAAAAGCUUAAAGUAUUGGAGUACGAAUUGCGUAAGAAGAACAGUGAGAUUCAGUCCUUACGCAGUGAACUUACUAACCUAACAGUUGGGUGCACAUUUGGCCGAAAUGUUCCAUCGAACGCAUCCCAAGAUGUCCGCAACUCCACCCGGGCCCAUCAGCAAAACAUGCAUCCCCAUGAACUGCGGGCGUUGUGCGUAUUAAUAAAUGACUUUCUGUUGCAACACAAUUAUCGUAUUACUGCUGUGCAAUUUGUGGAAGAAUCCGAGUCGGCUGGACUGCAAGAUGUUGGCUCUUGGGACCAAGUUGGAGUAAACUUGGAUAAACCGCCCGACCUACUGCAUUUACUUCGGUCUUACUGGAGCAUGUCGUCCGAGAACAGCGAGGCGCUUGAUCGUGACCAACUCGCCAUUCCCCGCGGCACAGAGUCGAAGUCCCGAAACAUCUUAGUCCAUGCCUCGCACGAAUCCACAUCCAUCUCCUACAAUAUGCAAGCAGUCCUGGAUGAAGUUUUCACACUGAAAUCGUCUGUCUCUCAAUGGGAAUCCAAGUAUAAAGAGCUCGCCGCUCAGGCUCAAUGCUGGCGUAAUCAGCUUGUCAGCUCCAGACGAGAAAACGAAAAGCAUUCAAGGCUGUCAAAGUCGCCUUCAGCUCCCCAGGAGCCCUCUACUUCUUUGGCCUCUUCUCCUGUUCCUAGUAGCGACUCGUCUGAGGUUGAGUCUGUUCAAUCCGCCGUUAUGUCAGCAGCGAAAUCAUCGACUAAAUGCUUGGCCGUCCAUCCUUCGGAUGAAAGGCUCUCCUCACCUGGUUUCCGAAAACACAUCACGGACAUGCUUCCACACUGUGAAUUUUCUCUAAAUUCCGAUAACAAUGCAUUCCAUCUGGCUACAUCAUUGGACGAAUUUGUCGUUUUGGUGUCCAGUCGGCUGGAGUCCAUUUUGCCAUCCAUGGCUGACGAAGGGAAGAUUGCUAAUUUGCCUCUGUUGACCCAGGCCAUCUGUCUUCAUCCGGAUUCCGGUGUACGAGAUCGGUUGACGCAAUUGCUUCUAAACCUCUUCUCCAACCCAACGCAGCCCACUUCAAACCAUGUGCAUGGAAUCUCGACCAACGAUGCAUCCUUUUCUCGUCACUACUCAGGAAGCCACCAUCAUCGUCUUCUCAUACUCAACGCUUGCUGUCAUUUGGCUUCUUACUUGGGACCAACUCGUCUAGAAAGUGAGCUCAUUCCCCAGCUUUGGUCACACCUAAACGAGCACCCACCUCCGUCAACCGCUCAGCGAUCGCUCCUCGUGUCCGCCUGUGGCGUUAUCGCUCCGCAAACCCCGGCACACCUUCAGUCGUCUUUAUUGCUCAGUAUCUUGGAGUCCAAUUUGGAUGACGAACGUGAUGAAUUGGUCCGCGCGGCUAGCAUCCGGUCUCUGGCCUGCCUAGUUGGUAUUAUGUCGGAUCAAAAUAAACUACCCCGGCUUGUCCAACGCCUCAACAGUCUUCUCGCAUUAGAUCAAGCGUCCUCCACAAGUGAAUCACAUACUUCAACCGGCAAAUCCUCAGAGUCAAUCGGACUCACUCUCGUCUCCUCUAAACCCACCUUUGUGAACACGGUGGAAUGGUUGCUUCCGGCAUUGGCUCAGUGGUGUCUGGAACUGAAUUGUUUGCACACUACGCUUAUCAAUCCAUGGCUAGAUCACUUAGACUCAUACUUGUCGGCCGCCCGGUCUACUGACUCAUCAACUGCAGUCCCUUACGAUGCGGUAAUUCACACGCUUGGGGUGCUUGACUAUCUUGUCCCCUUUCUGCACACUUGGGUCAUGAUCAGUCUCUUCAAACCGGAAGCAGGACAAACCUACUGGACCACUGCGAUGAAAUGGGUGACUUCGAAUCGCGAGUGCUCUUUCUCAACGAAUGCUGUCCAUCUCUCCCCUCCUCCUCUUUCAGAAGCCAAUGAACCCCUUGAUACUCUUGUCAAUGUUCGUCUACUCCUUGGCCCCGACGUCUACCGUAGCAUCCAAUCAAUGUUCCUAGUUGCCUUGGAUCAAUCGACCGAUCGUGAUGCAACAGAAGACCCUUUUCCGACUUCACAAACGAUGCAUUCGGACAGGAUUACAAUCGAUAAUUGGACUGCGAGAAGUUGGCUAGACAACAUUUUACUAUCCAAACUAGCUGAUUUAUUGGUGAGCACUCCUAGACAGGUUACAAAAAGUCCCAACGCUGGUUCUGUCUACAGCCAUGGUGAAAUGCUGGAAACGUUCGCCACCCAUCAAUUCGACGAGCACUUCGCCUCACCUUGGUCCUCCUUCCCCAAAACGGAACAUUUAGGCGUGUGUCUCUCCGUUUGUCAAUUCCUCUCCACUUUUGGUCACAGUGUCGGUCCGGUUGGUGUACAAAAGUUGUUGGGUCUGCCGCUUCAGAACGCACUGAUGAACAAAACGAAAUUGGGAAAUUUCGAGUACAAUCACCAGACAAUCCAAACUGGUUUGUUGGCUGGAUACUGCUGUCUUCUAGCCUCCGUCCGAGUGAAAUCAGAGUCGAACAGAGCUCGUGUGCUUCUAACGAAUGCGAUAUUUUUACAAGUACGAGAGAGCUAUGAGCUUGAUUCAAUUCGACUUGCCAUCUGGUGUUUGUGUCGCAUUUCGGAUAUAGAUCAUGCGGUGUCAGAAAUCAUCCUUCCGGCUAUCCGCACUUGUGUGAGCUGCGCCGAUUGUAUGGUCCGUCGAGCAGCUGCAACCCUUUUGCAUACACUAAUCGAAGCACUGCAUUUGUUCCAAGUAAGUGGCAACGAUAAAUCCGUCCUCGGGCAGUCCGUGUUAGACUUGCUGCUACAAUUGGUAAGCCAAUUGGCUCGUGAUGAUGUGACCGGACAACGACGCCUACUCAAUCCGGAUGAAGCAGAUUGGAGUGUUAUUGCCGUUUCUCUUGGCCCCCUGUACAGCCUUUGGAGGCUAUGCCGUGCACAACCGGGCCAUACAAUUCCCGGUGCAGUCAACACCGAUGUUCUAGCCAGUUCAUCGGACGUCAAUGCGUCAGGCCCGAAAGACGGAACGGAAGUCGAUGAGCAGCUCUAUAAGCUCAUUGGAUUGCAGUUUAACCUAGUGGUCGGUAUGUCCGAUCCGGCCAAAUUAUCACUACACAUGUCUGGAGCAAUUAACGAGGUUCGUCCGGAUCAGCUUCUGGUCACACAGCAGCGCUUCUGGUCUGUGCUCACCUCGGCUCUUCUCGUUCUGACCGAUCGUAUCCUUCCCAGCUGCUCCAGUCGAUUCAGAGAUACCGUGAUACUCCCGUGGUUGUGUCACCUGGCCGAAUUGAACAACGCGCUACCCGACUUGGACCAUCGUGCCCGCCUUGCUGAUCGCCUGUUCGCCGUGUUCUCUACCGCUGCAUACUCUACGCACGUAGAAGAAAGCCUUCUGCACUGGCUUGUUCCGGGUCUCGAUCGCGUUCGCUUGGACCUUGUCGAGGCCGGUGAUCAUGUUCGAACACAUGAGGUGGAACAGUUCUUGAAUGACAUUUACUCUCGCAUUCAAGGCGAUGACAAAUACCACAACUCGUCGAAAAGAAGGGAACCAGGCGGGGGACUGCGCAAUGCGGUGACAACACAAUUGGCCAAGUUAACCAGCCGGGGCAAUACCACAAACACUGUAUGUACAUCCACUUCCAGCCGUGGAUUAGCUCCAGAUGCCUAUCUGAGGACGAAGACUUCCAAGUUAGGAUUGAAAAAGCGGCCGAUCCAACGACAAGAUGGCGGUCCUACACGUAAAUAGAACACACAUUCAUGAAAAUCUGCUUUUUUUGCAAUAGCACACAUAUCGGCGCCAGAGCAAUGGCGCACCAUCUUGGCUGUGCUUUUACCGUAUAAUGUUGGUCUCAUCUUACCUUACGUAACUGUCUUUUUGAUCAGCAUUUUGUUUUCAUCUGGGUUAUUUUGUAUUUCGCUUGUAUUUUCCUGAGAGCGCGUGUGACUUUCUUCUCCUUUAGACCAUUCUGAUGUGGUUGAAUACAUUCCGUGGAUUAUUCCACAGAUGCAACUUUUAAUU